AUGGAAAGGGUUACCUAUUUAAAUGAGUAUGCAAAAAAUUUUGAAUUGGUAAAGAAUAGGGAAUUAUUUGAUGAGAGAGAUGCAGAAAGAAUGAACAGACGUUUUAAUACGAAAGAUAUAUAUACUCCAAAUAUAGGAGGAGAAAAUACAUAUGUAUCAACAUCACGGCUUAAAGAAAAGAAGAGUUUUAAAAAAUUCCAUUUAUAUAAUGAUGAUAGUAAGGAUGAAUGUCAAGUAAGAAAAAUACGUAAUACAAAUGAAUAUGUAAUAUUAAGUAAUUCACCAAAAAAACCUAAAAAAUCUACAAUAGAUGAAAAGAAAGAUAUGUACCAUAAUUUUAAUAAUGAUAUAAAACCAAAUAAAAAGAGUAAUUAUCAAACUAUUUGUAUAUGUAAAAAGUGUUAUAUAAAAGAUAUGCAAGAAAAAUUAAGAGAGAGAAAAAAAAGAACAACUGUAUAUACCCUCGAAUUUAAUAAUUUUGUGAAUAAUGAAAAUAUUUAUGAAGAAAUUAUAUCAAGAAGCAUAAAAAGAACCAGAUAUAAUAAUUACUUAAAUAAAAAUAAAGACAACAACAAAAAUGAUAACCUAAACAUGAAUGAAAGUGAUAGCUUUAAAAAUGAUAUUAUGUUAAAUCAUAUAUAUGAACAUUCUGAAAAUAAAAAAAAUAUAUUCCAUUUUUUAAAUAAUAUAUUUAAAAUAAAUUAG